AUGGGUGAACGCUUGAAGAUGAGAAAAGGUCUGUAUCUUUUGUUCUUAUUCUCUCUGUCUGGAGUGGUGUGUGUUUCAAUUCGUUAUUCUUUGCCUGAAGAGAAGAAAGUUGGCUCCCUGGUGGCUAAUGUGCUGCAGGAUUUGAAAUUGGGACAAAGAGAGGUCUCUGCUCACAGACCCCAGCUGGUUUCCAAAAGCAAUAAGCAAUAUUUUCAGCUUGAUACUCAUUCUGGAAAUGUGAUUGUAAAUAAUAAAAUAGACCGAGAAGCUUUGUGUGGAAAGAUGGACCUUUGUGUUUUGCUGUCUGAGAUGGUGCUCCAAAAUCCUUUAAAGAUUUAUAAUAUUGAGAUACAGAUAGAAGAUGUGAAUGACAAUUCUCCUAAAUUUACCAAAAAUGAAUUUGAACUAGCAAUGCCUGAGACUGUUCCAGUAAACACUCGAUUCUCCCUGGAGUCUGCCCAAGAUCCAGACCUGGGAGAAAACAGUGUCCAGAACUACACACUCAGUCCCAAUGAGCAUUUUAGGCUAGAUGUACAAAGCGAUGAGUUUGGGAGCAAAUAUGUAGACCUUGUUUUAGAGAAGCCACUAGACAGGGAGAAGGAGGCUCAGUUUGGGCUGACGCUCACAGCUGUGGAUGGAGGGGUGCCACAGAGAACGGGCACAGUCCAAAUAAACAUUAAUGUUCUGGACAACAACGACAACUUCCCUGAGUUCACACAAUCUGAAUAUAAAGUGAAGUUAAAGGAAAACAGCCCUGAAGGUACAAGGGUGUCUAAAGUGGAAGCCAGAGAUCUGGAUUUUGGUUCAAAUGCGCAGAUCACUUACUCUUUCCACCGGGUACUAGAAAAUAUACAAAAUUUAUUCCACUUACACCAAAAGACUGGGGAAAUCACUGUUUUGGGUCCCAUUGACUAUGAAAGAGAAACCAGCUAUUAUAUGAACAUCAAGGCAACAGACGGAGGGGGUCUUUCAGGCCACUGCAAGGUCCUGGUGGAGGUUGAGGAUGAGAACGACAAUGCCCCGGAGAUAUCGGUCAUCUCCAUCACCAGCCCUUUAGCAGAGGAUUCUCCCCUCGAUACGCUGGUUGUGCUCUUCAGCGUCACAGACCGGGACUCUGGAGACAACGGCAGGACCUCCUGCUCAGUGGAGAUGCACUUGCCCUUCCUGUUAAAAACCACUGUGAACAAUUAUUACCAGCUGGUGACCCAAAGGCCCCUGGACAGAGAGAAAGACCCCGAGUAUAACAUCACCAUCACAGCUACUGACCGGGGCUCUCCCAGGCUCACCUCCAAAAGAGCAAUUGGGGUUCUAAUCUCAGACGUCAACGACAACCCUCCAGAGUUUGAGAAGUCAAAGUACGAAAUGCAGUUGUGGGAAAACAAUAUUCCAGGCCUGCUGAUGGGCUCGGUCCGUGCUGUUGACCUGGACGUGGAGCAGAAUGCCAAGGUGACCUAUUCCCUUCUGCCCAGUAAUGCCAGUGGGGGUCCCGUGGCCUCUUACGUGUCCAUCAACUCUGAAACUGGGAAUCUGUACAUCCUGCGAUCUCUGGAUUAUGAGCAGAUCAAGGAUUUCCAGGUGACGGUGAGGGCUUCAGACGGGGGUUCUCCUCCCCUGAGCUCGGAGGCUGUUGUCCGAGUUUCCGUCCUCGAUGAGAACGACAAUGCCCCCUUCUUCCUCUACCCCCUUCAGAACAGCACCUCCCCCUACAACGACCUGGUUCCCAAGUCCCUGGAAGCUGGUUACCUGGUCGCCAAGGUGGUGGCUGUGGAUGGGGAUUCGGGCCAAAACUCUUGGCUUUCCUAUGAGCUGCUGAAGGCCACAGACCCCAGCCUUUUCAGCCUAGGAGCACAGAACGGAGAGGUGAGGACCAGGAGAGCGCUGACCGAGCGGGAUACAAACAAGCAGAGACUGAUUAUCCAGGUGAGAGACAACGGCCACCCUCCCCAGACUAGCACUGCAACGCUGAAUAUACUUCCGGUGGAUGGCUUUUCAGAUCCUUAUAUGAAUGUUGUCAGUGUCAGUCAUGAAGCAAGCGAAGAAGAAGAUGGCUCCUUGACUAUGUAUCUGGUGGUCUGCUUGGCUGCAGUCUCCUUUGUGUUCCUGAUUUGCAUUAUUUUGUUUGUUGUCAUCAAAAUGAACAAGAAAGAGUCUAGUUUUAUCACUGCCCUUCCUCACUUCCCACCUACCUUACCUGAGAUCCCAGAAACUGGCGUUGAUUCUCAGAGUGGAUCACUUUCCCGGACUUACCAGUAUGACGUUUGCUUAACCGGUGGAUCCUUAAGCAGCGAGUUCAGAUUCCUCAGGCCUCUCAUUCCUGUUUUCUCUGUGGGGGACCCAAAGGUCUCUGAGAAUCACAGGAUUUCUUCUGGCUCUGAAGAGAUUCUUGAUCAGGUGGAAGGUAGAAAACCAACAGAACAGGCCAGAGGCGCUGUCUCUGAAGACGCAGCUGCUAGAUCCGGAGGCCCAGGCUGCACUGGGAAUCAGGUGGCGGCAACUGCAAAUGUGAACAUUGGUCAGAAUGACUGGCUUGCCUAUCAGUAGAUGAGGAUAACCAACUCUGCUCAUCAUCCUAGCUCUGUGGGACAAAUAAGAAGCAGGAGACGAAGAACUGCACAAGGGGCCUAAAGCUCCAGGAAGGGUCAUUUACUGGAAAGACAUCGACACUCAGAAGUUCUCCUGCACAAGCCCUGUUAAUUCAGCUGCCAUCCAUUCAAGUGGGGCUUGUAUAGGAGAACGUCUGGGCGGAUUAUACCCAUGCACUCCCCUGCUACACAACUGCUUCAUUAUUUCUGCUUCUUACAAUUUGAAAAUAGACUGCUGCUCUGUUGAUCUAGCUGUGAAGGAAGAGUAAGAGAAGCCCUUGCAUGCUUGCUUGUGAUUCUUCCUCAUCUUCAGUUUAUGACUGUAGGAAUGUUGCUGCUUUUCAAAGUAUUUUCAAUGCUUAUUGCAAGCGUUCAGAAAUCCCAUUGCCUGCUCUUAAUCAUAUAGAAGACUGUCCCACCUGCAAUUGUUACUUUUAUCCUGACCCUUCCUUGGAAGUCCUGAGUGAGUGAGUCUGUAUACGCUGAGCAGUAAGCAAGAAAGGGCAUCGACACAAGCCACAGGGACAUUCACAAGCCACAUUGAAAGGGAUGGGCUGCACAAGGGAGUUGUGCUCUCGCUUAGCUCCUGUUCUUUUCAGUUGGGGGAAUUUCCUGUAGAAUUUCCUAGUGAAUUGUGCUCAUCACUAGUCAUAUUUAAUUUGCAUCUAUACUUAACUUUUCUAAAUGCUUUUUCUGUCCUUUUUUCUGGAGCCAUGUGUUAGAAACUUCUCUUUGGUAGUGUCCACACAUAUGCACACACACACACACAAACACACACACUUUCAGUGAAAUUUAAUUCCAGAAGCCAUAUCAGUCCAUUGCAGCCAAAACAAGAGUCGAGUGGCAGCUUAAAAACAAACACAAUUGUAUUCUGGCGUAAACUUUCGUGGACUAGAGCCCACUUCAUCAGAUGACUGAUGGCUCCUCAGCUGGCAGACUUAUAUUCCAUACGGAGGGUUAUAAAGAAAAAAAAAGUUGUUAAUAGCUGGGUCAAAGGCCAAGAAACGCAAGAGGUACACGGUGUGACAUUAUUAUGUAAAAUUCAAAUGUAACCAAGAAAGAUAAGACCAUUCACAAUAGCUGUGAUCCAGUUUUGCUAAACCGAUUCCCAUCUGAACGAAUGGCUGAGGAAUCCCUGGGCCUUGCUCCAGUCUCAGGAAAAUUAACUCUUUGUUUUUACUCUCAUGAUAAGGAAAAUUGUGCCAGCUACUCAAUUGACUUUUGCAAUGACUGAUGAAGAAUGAAGCCUGCUGCUUUUGGAAAGGAGACUUACCCGCCUUUCCUGUUCAAGAGGACGGGAGAAACGAUCCUGGCUCACCUGGUGCUUGGAACUAUUCCAAUGGUAACUAAAUUGGAUUGACCACCAGUUUGAUCUGUUCUGCAAAAGACAGUUCAGUGGUAAACCCAGGCACAAUCCCGUGGUAAAGUGAUCACAUCUUAACAAAAAGAAUCGUGGAGUAUAUUGCAAUGGUGUGCUUACACAGUUGUGGUUAUGUGGUUGUGUGGUUAGGACUAGAUUUUUUGUAAACAUUUGUAUUUUGAAAGUUGUACUAUAUUUAAGCAAUGAUGAAAAAUCACAACGGUGAAACGUUUUAACCUCUAGAUGAAAGAGAGUAAACAAGUCGUAUUAUAGCGUAGCUGAAAAGUUAGGUAAUGAAGUGUGCAAUCAAUUUCCAGUCGAAAUCAACAGGAAAAUAGUGUGUUAAAUCCUUCCACUAAGCAAGUUUUUUGUUCCUGAAAAAGGAGGUUUGCUGUGUUGGAAAAAGAUCCCUCGCUCAGCAGAGAGGAGUCAUUCGCUCCAAUCCACUGAUUUCAAAGGAUGUUGAUUGUGCCUAAAGCUGGGCAAACCAUCGUUCUGUGGAGUACGAAAGGUUUGAAAAUCCUUGGUGUGGUCUCUCUUUUCUCUUCAGAUGCAAAUGAAAUGCUGGAAACAUUUACAUAUUAUUUGCCAGAUUUCAAUAUUAUGUUUGUAUGUUCAUAAAAUAAUAAAAAACACUUCUUUAAAAAC